AUGUCUUCCUAUUCAUAUUCAUCGCUUCCAGAAAGUGGCGAGAAUAUUCGCCUGCUUCUAUUAUUACCAAGUGAAGAUGAGGCUGCACCUUUACAUUGCGAGCUUCGAGAUUAUUCUCUACGAAGAUCAACUUCACGAGCUCACUUGUAUGAGGCUGUAUCCUAUGUAUGGGGUGAUCCGAACAAUACUUUGCCAAUCUUUGUAGAUAAGAGACAGUUUCAAGUCACAGUGAAUUUACAUGCUGCUCUGUUGCGUCUUCGAGAUCACUCUUUCGAACGGAUCCUAUGGGUUGAUGCUAUCUGCAUUAAUCAAAACAACGAUAAAGAGCGGAGACAGCAAGUUCAGCUUAUGGCAAGGAUUUAUAACAGUGCGAGUCGUGUUGUAGUUUGGCUUGGAGAGGAGAUAGAAGAAAUAAAGGGGGUACUUGAGGACAUACAAGUAGCUUCUAAUGAAAAGCCAGGAAGAAACUCAAAGGAAGUGGUCAAGAAGGAACACAUAAUCAAAUUUCUUCAAAAUCCAUGGUUCCAACGUAUCUGGGUGCUUCAGGAAGUCGCCGUGGCUCAACAUGUCGUAAUUAUGUGUGGCUCGAUAACCAUUGCUGGAUCUGCAUUCUGCGCGGGAGUGAAGUCUCUAGAGCUCUCCUAUACAGAUUCUCCGGAACUGCAGACUCUUCCUUCAGUUAUUGAAAUAAUAGAGCGGGCUGGUCUCCAACCUAAAUUCAAAGCGAAUUCGCAAGAAAUAUUUUCCCUAAAGAUACGAUCUUUAGCUGAAUUGAUAGACAUGUUCCAUAUCCGUCAAGCUACAGACCGUCGCGAUAAGGUUUAUGCUUUGCUUGGUAUGAGCUCUGAAGAUCCUGAAAAGGCUGGCUUACAGCCAAAUUACGAAACUUCGUGGGAAGAAGUGCUCCAGCAACUUGUCAAGUUUAUUCUCGGUAUCAAACCUAACAUCUAUACGAAAUACUUUGGUGAAGCAUUGGAAUGGACCCUUCAAGCUUCAGCGAAACCCAUUCAAGAGCAUGAUAUUAUCUGCCUUCUAGAUGGAGCCUCCAAACCUUCGAUAAUCAGACUGUGUAAGGAUCACUUUGCCGUGGUCGUGAUUGCGGCAACUCCUUUAAAUGUGCUGAUCCGUGAUGAAUGGCCUCAAAUUUCAAGAUCAAAAACACAAUUCUUGCGGGACUUUGUAAUUAUUUGGGACUGGGAGAGCUCCUAUGGAAACAUGCAGCAUGGAGAAGAAUAUGAGACCUUGGCUGAGAUAUUUCGUCAAGCUUCCCUACUUUCAAGAGUAGAGCGCGUAGGACCUUUAGGAGAAGCCACUAGAUUAUGGAACGAUAUAGCGAUAUUGAAUGACUUGGGAGAAUACGAAAAAGCAGGUAACAAACUUAUAGACGCACAAGAUGAGUACUCUUUGGCAUGGUUUCGUAGAAAUCCAUCGUCGCACAAGUCAAAGAAAGAAUGCGGUCGGACAAUACUGGCAUUCGCUGCUGGGGAAGGGCACAAAGAUAUAGUCAAGAUGCUACUUGAUACGAUUCAUCCAGACGUAAAGGAUGGGCGCAGUGGUCGAACGCCACUAUGGCAUGCUGCUGAUCGUGGACAUGAAGCUGUCGUGGAGAUGCUACUCGCUACUGGCCAGGUUGAUGCUGAAUCGAAGGAUUAUUAUGGACGGACGCCAUUAUCACAUGCUGCUAGGAAAGGGCAUGAAUCUGUUGUCAAGCUAUUGUUAGCAACUAACCAGAUUGAUGCUGAUUCUAAGGACUGUUAUCAACAGACGCCGCUGUCUAAAGCUGCCAAGGAAGGACAUGAGUCUGUUGUAAAACUGUUAAUCGCGACGGAUCAGGUUGAGGUUGACUCAAAGGAUAAAAAAGCAACUGACCAGGCUGAAGUUGAUUUAAAGGAUGAAGGAGGUCAAACGCCCUAUUACUGGGCUGCCAUGGGAGAGCAUGAGGCUAUCCUAGAGCUAAUACUCGCUGCUAGCCAGCGUCAAGCUGAGUCUGGGGAAUACAAAAUUGAGUUUGAUGUUGAGCCAUCAGAAACUUCGGUUUAUGAAUCAGAUUCUAAUGGUGACUAUUAG